UUUAGAAACUCUCUCUUGGAGUGAUCAUUUCACUAAUCUAAAAAGAAAACUUGCUGGUUCAUUAUAUUGCCUAAAAGUCAAUGACAACUUUAGGAAACGCCGCUUAUGAUUACGGAAUUCGUUAUAAAUACGGUAUUUUCGCCCAAAAAAUUAUUAAUGGCGAACAACAGGAAGAACCUGACGAUUGGUUACGAUUUGGAAUCCUUUGGGAAAAAGCCAGAACGGAAUACAUGAUUCCCGUUAAUUUUUAUGGGCACAUUAUUGAUGGACCUGGAAAUACUAAAAAAUGGGUUAAUACUCAAGUUGUUUUUGCAUUACCCUAUGAUAAUUCAGUUCCUGGUUAUGAUAACAAUGUUGUGAAUACUUUAAGAUUAUGGUCUGCUAAAUCUUCAAUUGAUUUUAAUUUAAAAUUCUUGAUUGAUGGAGAGUACAUUCAAGCUGUAUUAGAUCGAAACCUCUAUUUCAAUUUGUCUAUACGCUGAUGAUACGUCUUUUAUAAAUAGAUCUAGAAAUUCACAGAAACUGAAUCAGAAAACAUUCUCAGUACUAGACUCAGUAGAGAAGAUUGGUUUAGGGCAAAUAAUUUGAAGUUGAAUCUAGAUAAAACAAAGAUAUUUACAUUCUUUAGUAAACGGGAUAAUAACAUGACCAAUCAGACUAUGAAUUUUCUGGGCAUCACAUUUUUAGAAAUUCUCUCUUGGAGUGAUCAUAUCACUUGGAAACCAUUAACAUAGAGACAGUUGUAGAACAUAUUACAGAAUUAG